UUCGACCUGGCCUCGUUUUGCAACUGAAAACAUUUGUGAAAGAGGAAAUACCAUGGGCUGGCAAGCCAAAGCAAGAAUGGAUUCCAGUUACUAAGAAGUUCGUGCUUUUUAGUACCAGAGGAUCAUCCGGAAUGGAAGCUUCUAAAAAGGAGGAAGAUAGCAGAACAUUUCCAGCUGAUGAGCCUUCCGACCAGCUCGGCAGUUUGCCUGAGGAGAAGACCAAGGAUUCCGAUGCUAGCCAAGAACCUGCUGCAAAAGAUCAAAAUGAAGAGGGUUCUGCUAGCAAUGAUGAAAGGGAAUCAGGAAUGCUAGACCUACUAACACAUUUUCUUCAAACGAGAUUUGGAAUUAGUGCAGACGAUGAACCAAAACGGGAACCUGUAAUUGAAGAAUUCACACUCAAUGGUAUCGCUAAAUACAUCAAGGAGGGAAAGUGUAAAAAUAUAAUUGUCAUGACGGGUGCUGGAAUUUCAACGUCCGCCGGCAUUCCUGAUUUUCGCUCACCUGGUACAGGUCUCUACGAUAACCUCGCAAAAUACGAGUUACCAAGACCUGAAAGUAUUUUUGAUAUUCACUACUUUAAGGAGAAACCGGAGCCUUUCUUUAUGCUUGCAAGGGAGCUUUUUCCUGGGAAUUACAAGCCAACACCAGGUCAUUAUUUCAUCAAGCUGCUUGAAGAAAAGAAAUUGCUUUUGCGAAAUUUCACGCAGAACAUUGAUGGCCUAGAACUUGUUGCUGGGGUGUCUUCUGACCGAGUUAUAGCAGCACAUGGUACCUUUCAUACUGCACAUUGUCUUGCCUGCCACCGAGAGUACUCUCAAGAUUGGGAAAAAGAACAAAUUUUUAAAGGAGGAAUCCCAAAGUGUGAAGAUUGUGAUGGUGUUGUGAAGCCAGAUAUUGUAUUUUUUGGCGAGUCUCUUCCGAGCAAAUUUUUCUCUCACAUGAGUUCGGAUUUUCCUACUUGUGACUUGCUGAUUGUUAUGGGGACGUCACUUGUUGUACAACCAUUUGCUUCAUUGAUUGACAGGGUACCAAAGGAAACUCCACGCCUUUUGAUCAAUAAAGAGAAAUGCGGAAUGGGAGGCAUGUUUGGUGGGUUUGACUUCGAUAGUCAAUCCGUAUAUAGAGACGUUGCUCAUUUGAGCACGUGUGAUGAUGGAUGUAUGGAGCUUGCAGAUCUCCUCGGGUGGAAGGACGAUCUGAAGAAAUUAAUCGCUGAGGGAGAAAUCGAGUAUCAAGAGAAGUUUAAGAAACCUAUGGAAUCGGUAGCUGCAGAAGAACAGAAAGCGACCGUAUCAGAAGGGGAUCUUCAUGGAAAGGAGGAGAUGGGUGCAGUGAAGGACGAGCUGAAUAAAUUGUAAUCUGAAAUUAUAUGGUUUUGAAAAAAAAUUAAUUUUGCAAAAAGUGUAUAUGGUUUAGGCAAAUAUUGUGAUUUUAAGGAUUUUUCAAUGUAAAAUUUGGAAGCAUUUGCAUUUUCCAAAGCACCUCUCCGUUGAGUUGUGCAUUAGAAAGCAAUUGAAAGCAAAUAUCAAUUCAAAACCUAAUUUAUUCAGGUGUGAUGAAAGUAUUAAUUUCUCUCGGCCAUGUUAAAUUGAAAAUAAGGUAGUUAUUGUCUAACUGACCUACCAAACAGGUAACAGUGAGCUGCAGUUUACCCCGUACGUUCUUGGUCGUAAUCAAAGCAUCGCCUUGAUAAGUUUCCUAACCGGAUAUGUGUUGAUAUCAAUAGACCAACUCCCUACACCAAUUAUCCCAAUGGCUAGAAUUAGCUCCAUUACCCAAGAGCCGGUGUAAUCAUAGGCAUAGUAGCAGAGGCUAAACAUUUAGCCGGGUGGGCUUUGUAUGGGUCUCUCACCAAUAAUGUUGCCUCUUUGAGAUAAAAUUACCCGAAUGGGCCUGAAGCUCGAUAUAUAUUUUGUCUGAGUGGGGAGCUGCAGCCCCCAGACCCUAUGCCUCCUACGCCUAUGGAAGUAAUAUUCCUUUUGGAAUUAAUAAUUCAAUGCAAUCUAUAUAGAUUUUUUUGAUUUUGUUUUUCCAAGGAAUUACGUUUUUGCAUCGAUUUCCUAUCUCGAAUCUGACAUUUUUUGGUUGGAUUUGAAAUUACAGUCGAGUAUCGAAGCAUUUAAUUUAAAAUUUACAGCAGAUGUGAAGGUACGUGUUUUUAAAGUCUCGCUUUUAUUAUACAGUUUUCAAAGGAGCACUAAUUUUUCGGUACGCUUUAAACUUAAGCAACCUUAUCGGGGGUGCCUCCCUAAAAAGUCAGUAGAGUGCUGUGCUGUAGCCAUUCUCUAUUUGCCACACCCAUGACCACACUAAAUAUUAUUCUACUUGUAUUGAAGAUCCUCUUGUCUGUUUAUGAAUUCAUUCAAUCUUUUCACCGACUCAAAAUAACUUGUAGGAUUUUUCCAACAAAAGUGCGCAUUGUUACGGAGACUGGGCUCAGUCUCUGAAAAAACCCCAAAAAUCUCUCUGAAAUUUAACAAGGGAGCUCUACCCUCACGAGCCUCCUCCGCAGCACCCUGCAAUCAACUCCACGAAAAUCACAAAUAUCUAUAACUUUAAAAUUCAAGUUUUAGUUAUGCCAGUAUAUCAGUAUCAAUCCAAUCAUGGAUUAAAUGAGUAUCUAGAGUAUAACUUAACAUAGAUAGAUGACAAAUUAUUGUUAUUCUGUAA